AUGGGAGGCGUCUGCGGUACCCAAGCCAACAGAUACGUGGAGGUCCGCAGAGUGUUCGAGGGAAGUCUGUUUCUCCAGCUCAUCGCCCAGGCCAAGCAGCUCGCCGUGAUUUUUGACGGCUGCGUGAGUCUUUUCGACGCAAACGGCAAAAAUUCGCUCAACAUUCGCGCGCUCAUGCCUCUCGGACGCAGUCCUCGGAUCAUGGUGCCCCAUAGUCCUGACGCCGCGUACGCUCUUGGCUCCAAGUUUGAAGGAGAAGUGAUCCUCACUUCGGAGGUAUUUCUCUUCUGGAAAUCUGACAGGGAAAUCGUCUGUCGAUACGUGACUGAGGGUGCAGGGCACGAGGUUGUCCUGCAGUCGACCAUGUGCGCUCAAGUGGAGCUGCAGAACCUAUCUCAAUAUCUGCUGCUGCCUCCCCACUCUCUGCCUGAUGUCGUAGAGAGCAAGAAAGACUCGUCGCUCAACGCGCUCACCAAUGCGGAUUUCAUCGGUCUCCUCGGUACCAUCCCGUUCUUCGCGAACUUGCCAAACGACAAGCUCUCUCUGCUGACCGAAAUGUCCACAAUCCGCGUCUACCCGAGCAACAGCGUCAUCUUCCGCGAAGACGAAGGCAUCAGCACCCAAAUGUUCGUGACUCUGGCAGGGUCAGUAGAGGUGACAAGCUCCAGAGCAGCUACCCCCUUGGCGAAGCUAGAAGCGGGGUCCUUCUUCGGAGAAAUGUCGCUCCUUAUCAACAUUCCUCGCGCAGCAACCGUCAAGGCACUUGAGAGCUGUAUGCUGAUGAGUAUCGAGAAAAAAUCCUUCCAUACACUGCUGGAUCAAUGCCCCGAUGUGCAAGUAAGCGUCAGCAAGCUUCUCAAAGAGAGAUUACUCUUGAAGGCCAUCGUGAGUGGAGUGCUGCCCUUCCUCGAGUCAAUACCCAGCGAACGAAUGAUCCGCUUCAGCCACGAGCUCGACAUCGAAGACCAGGUCCACAAAAACGACGUUGUGCUGCGACAACCAGAUGAGCACUACCCACAUGAGCCAAGAUUUGUCUUCUUGGUGUACGGCGCGCUUGAAAUCACGUCCAAGCAGCGGAAGCCUAGCAAAUUCGGGCUGGACAACAGCGUCUUCCUCACACCCGGGUGUUAUCUGGGUCCAUUCACCUUCGAACGGCUGAACUUGCGCAAGGGGAAAGUGCUCGCUCGCUCUGCUGCAGUGCUGCUUACCUGCCCCUUCCACAAGAUCCUAGAGCUCUUCGAGGAGUUCCCUGCUGCCGGUGCAGCAGCCAACAUCGCUUGGUUCGGGGAGCGGUGUGACUUUGCCAGCGUGUUGCGCCACGGCGUCUUGACUCAGCGGUUCCAGGCGUUUCUCGAGGCCGAACACAGCGACGAGAACUUUCUGUUCUUCCUGGACAUUGAGAAGUUCCGCGUAGUGGAGGACGACGGCGAGCGGCGCGAACUGUCCAAGCAUAUCCGAACGCAUUAUAUCCAGCCAGACGCCCCAAAGGAAGUCAACCUGCCUGCGGGGAUCCGGGACGGACUCUUGGAGACGAUGGACAAGCUGGCACCGACGGACGUAAUAGGGCCCUCGUUCUUCGACGAGGCCUGCGACGAGAUCAUGCGGCUCAUGGUCAAAGACAGCUUCCCGCGGUUCAAGAAGAGCCUGCACUUCCAGAACGUCGUCGACACGCUGGACCCGCACACGAACCGGAAAGGCUCUCGGCUGGUGGCCGCAUGUCACCACUUCCGCGACUCGCUGCAGGUGCUGCGGCCCGGCCACGUCGACAUGAAGCACAUGCAGCUCGACCGCAUGCUGAGCACGAUCCAGAAAUCCCACGCCAGGAAAAAGAUCUCCUCGGGCCUGGCCAUCUCCCAACAGUAA